AUGGGGAAUAUUGAUGUUGGGAUGACUGCAGUAAGAUUUUCGAAGGUUUCACUCGACCGAGCCGCCUUCAGCCAAAUCAUCAUCCGCAAAGGGAAACUCUACAUCGUCGAGAGCAACUUCGCCACAGGGAGUUUCCAGACACUGAGCCAUCUGGACUUCACUGGAAACCAAAUCUCCUAUUUCCCGUUCCAGGACAUCCAGGACUUCGCCGUCCUGAAGGAUCUGUUCCUUACGGACAACCGGAUCGCGGUCUUUCCAGUAUUCGGAUCCUGGACGCUGGAAAGGCUUUCCCUGUCUCAUAAUCCGAUCGGUUUCCUUCCCCGUGAGGCUUUUGACAGACUGCCCUCGCUUGUGGCUAUAGACCUGGAGCACACUUUAAUUAACUUUCUGUACCCAGGUACAUUUUCCAUGCUCGGAUCCCUGUCCCACCUCUUCUUGGGAUCUAACGAAAUCUCCGACCUCCUGGAAGGCGUGCUGGAAUUUUCCAGCCCUAACAUGAGUGCCAUUGGAUUGAGUCACAAUUAUCUUGAGGCUCUCAGCUACGAGGCAUUGAAAGGUAUGCCUGCAGGUAUUUCGCUAUACUUGGACAGUAACGGAUUACAACAUUUCGAGGAAGAUACCUGGCGGCCAAUUCUACGAAGGGAAGUAACGAUUUGGCUCGAAGGCAAUCCACUGGUAUGCGACUGUCAACUCAAAUGGAUCGUGGAAGAGUUCCGUUUCCAUAGCCAGGUGGUUUUGGCCACAUGUCGGGAAGGAAGGGACGUGAUCAAUUUAGGAAAAAAGUAUUUUAAAGAUUGCUCGCCAGGUGACGAAACGAACUUGUUCCUAACAGCACUCGACGACGAGUCACUAACUGAAAACGACCCGUGACUCAGUGCCACCUGGUGUCGUGUGAAAGAAACAAAAAUUCUGACCCCCAGUCUCAGAAAAUUGAUUUCAAAGAAUUUGAUGAUAUUAUUCAGAGCUUCUAUUUAGCUCAUCUUUCGAGGAUGUUUUGUCUGAAGAUGUGGCAACACGCAGGCAGCUGAAGUUUCGAUGUUAAAGAGUAUCGAAAACAGUGAAUUUGGUUGAAAAACUUAAAAACUUAAAAGAAAAUGGGUUACGCCAGUUCGUCAAAACAGGGACGAAUUGAUUGCUGCGUGAUGUAAAUUUGGAUACAGAAAUAAAUGACAAUUUCACUAAACGUUA